GGCGGAGCUUCCAGCUGAGUGGUUGCCAUAGAAGCGUCCCGAUUGGCUGAGGUGGGCCCUCCCAACGCUCUUUAAAGCUUCCACUCACCUCCAGGGCUAAAAAAUCAAGCUCAUCCUUGAUCUGUGAGCACGUCCUGCAUCUGACCGGCUUUCAAUUUCUUCUAAAGACCAAAUCCUUAUCUGUAAACAUGGAGCGUAUGGAGCUGAAGAAAGUGAGCAUGGAGGCGGACGAUGAAAGCAGCGUGGACGAGCGCUUCAUGCCCAUCGAUUCAGAGAAGGCCACCAUUAACAGCUCGCUUCUGGACGAGGAGGACGCAGAGAGUCAGAAGUUUCUCACCGAUGGUAUCAUGAAGAAGAAGAAAUAUGAGGAAGAAGAAUAUCACCCGGGUCACGCUUCGUUUGGGAUGUCUGUCUUUAACCUCAGUAACGCCAUCAUGGGCAGUGGAAUUCUGGGAUUGUCUUUUGCAAUGGCCAACACCGGCAUCGUACUGUUUGUCAUUCUGCUGUUUGGAGUCGCUAUCCUGUCGCUGUACUCCGUUCAUCUCUUACUAGUGACGGCCAAAGAAGGAGGCUCACUGAUCUACGAGAAGCUCGGCGAAAAAGCGUUUGGAUGGCCGGGAAAAAUGGCAGCUUUUGGAUCAAUCACUCUGCAGAACAUAGGAGCCAUGUCCAGCUACCUGUUCAUAGUCAAGUACGAGCUGCCCGAGGUGAUCAGAGCCUUUCUGGGGCUGGAGGAGAGCUCUGGUGAAUGGUAUCUGAACGGGAAUUACGUGGUGGUGCUGGUGUCCAUCGCCAUCAUCCUGCCUCUGUCUCUGCUGAAGAACCUCGGGUACCUGGGGUACACCAGCGGCUUCUCUCUCUCCUGCAUGGUGUUCUUCCUGGGAGUGCUGAUCUAUAAGAAGACGAUCCUGCCGUGUCCUCUGCCGUUCUUCUACCAGCACGAGUCCAACAUGAGUCUGAACGGCUCUGACGCUCUGGGCCUGUACUCUCUGCCGAACACCUCGGCGCUGGCGUAUAUCUCAGAAGCUCACCCGGAGCACGCUGCGGGCCCGGAUCACGACCCGCUCCAGAGCGCCGUGCGGCUCACCCCUCACCCAGAAGACCAGCAGGACAUGUGCACGCCCAAAUACUUCGUCUUCAACUCGCAGACCGCCUACACCGUUCCCAUCCUCGCCUUCGCCUUCGUCUGUCAUCCUGAAGUUCUGCCCAUCUACAGUGAACUCAAAGACCGCUCUCGGAAGAAGAUGCAGCGCGUCUCAAACCUGUCCAUCCUGGCCAUGCUGGUCAUGUACCUGCUCUCGGCUCUCUUCGGCUAUCUGACCUUUUACGAUCACGUGGAGGCGGAGCUGCUUCACACCUUCACGAAGGUCUACAAGUUUGACACGAUGCUUCUUCUGGUGCGUCUGGCCGUUCUGACGGCGGUGACUCUGACCGUUCCCAUAGUGCUCUUCCCCAUCCGCUCUUCCGUCAUCACGCUGUGUUUCGCCGGGAAAGAGUUCAGCUGGAUCCGACACUUCCUCAUCGCCGCUGCUAUCCUGGCCUUCAACAACCUCCUGGUGAUCUUCGUCCCCACCAUCAGAGACAUCUUCGGCUUCAUCGGUUCGUCUGCAGCUACCAUGCUCAUCUUCAUCCUCCCGGCGGCGUUUUACCUGCGGCUCGUCAAGAAUUUACCUUUCAGAUCGCCUCAGAAAAUAUCUGCAACCAUUUUCCUGGUGGUGGGCAUCUUCUUCAUGAUUGGCAGCCUGUCUCUGAUCGUCUUGGACUGGAUUCACAACCCGCCGGGCUCGAAAGGUGCUCACUAAAGCGCCGGCGUUCACCCGCUGAAGCCGUUUCAUCCCAGAGAUCAUCUCUGGACGCGGACGAACCCUGCGCCUCCGCCUCUCUCUCCUCUCAUAAACUCUGCUCAGCUGUUUUAACAGAUCAGAGAGAGAGAGAGAGAGAGAGAGAGAGAGGCGGGCAGAAGGGUUCAUCAAAUAAGCACUUGAGCAUUUUUUUAUCAAGACAUGCCAACAAUCACGUUUCUUCCUGUUUGCCUUCUUCAUUAGCUGGUCAUAGAUAGAUAGUUAGUUUCUUGUUAUCGGUUCACUCAAAGAUGGCAUUUCAGUGCUUUUCUUCUCACGCAUGUUAAGGAUGAAAGCAACCAAACGAUGCUGAUUUCUGAGUCAACUCUGUGUUUGAUGCUAUCACUUGAAUCAGAUUUCCUCUUUGAGAGGGGCAAAAAGGUCCAAUUAUUGCAUUUUUUGUACCAAAACGAAGUACAGUUGGUCCACUAAAGCUCAGCUUUUUCCUCUCAAGCCGAUCCGCGAGCAUCGACUCGUCAAGAGGAUCGGUUCAUCGCAAGACGUUUUUAAUCGGCGUUUCGUCCCGAGCGCUGGUUUACUGCCCAGAUCCCGCUGGAGGUUUACAGUCACGCCGGUCCAGCCAAAGUGGACGAUAUUUAAAGAUCCUUUGGUGAUCUAUUUACUCACAAAGCAAGUGAAUAUUUCAAAUGAAAUGGUUAUGAUAUUUUUGCAUGUUUUUAAAUCAGAAACAUGGUCUUUUUGGACGUUGUAUAUGGUUUGUAAAUAGUCUAAUUUGUUGUGGACGGACACAUGCUAGAGUUUUAGUAUUAUAUUUUAGUUGUCAGUGCCAUCGUGUUUUCUUUUUGUAAAUUUGUAGAAACGCCAUUGUAUUUCUAUUGUGCCUCCUUGACGGUUUUUACAACGAUCUGAAGAAAGGAGUUGCGUGGGGUUUUUUUUCUUUCUUUCUUUCUUUCUUUUAGCGUGUUACUUGAUUAGUUAGCAGCUGAAACGGUGCCGAGAGCCUGGAAACCCAUCUGAUUUUGAGCAGUGUUUGUCUUCCGCCGUGCACCUCUCGUUCGUAAGUGCGAUUUCUAUUCGUUUUAAAGUCGAUGUGAAAUCAAAAACAGACCCCGUUUGCUUUCUUUUAGUAAAACCUCACAGCAACACAUUUUACGUAUCAACUAAAAAAAUAAAAAUUAUUUUAUUUUUUGCAUUACUCGUACUGUAAUUUUUUUUAUAUGGCCAAAUUAUUUUUUAAUAUAAUUAACAGUAUAGUUCAAAAUGAUUGUUGAACAAAAACUAAAAUUUUUUAUUUUUAAAUAUAUUUUAACAAUUGUAAAACGAUUGCUAAGAAUAUGUCGCUCGAAAACCUAUUGACGUGAAUAUAUAUAUAUCUUAAAAUAAAAUCCAGCAAAUACGUGUUUUGACCUUUUUUGAAUAUUGUGAAAUACACACACACACACACACACACACGUUUUUUGCCGUUUGGGUAAUUAUUAAAAAUGUGACUCUUAGUUCAUGAAUGUAUUAACAUUGAUAAUGUAUUAGUAAAUGUUGAAAUUAUUAAGUAUAUUUCCUGUUACUGGAUUUUUUUAUUCACUUUUUCCUCAUUUCUGGUCAUGACUGUGGAAGUAAAAAGGGGCUGUGAGAGUGUUUUCAUGUCGACUUUAAGCGUGUUUACACGCUCGUCGCUUUCUUCAGGGAAAAUGUGCAGCAAUCCUAACAUCUGAAUGUACGAACUGUAACAGUUUACAUGUAUUUUGCUAAUGUGAAAUGAACACCGAAUCGCAGUAUUUUUCUGACCGUAGAGGAGCAGUCGUGAGAAAUGAGGCGAAAGCUUGUCUGCCGUCGUAUCAUAAACACCACGGCCAAUCGGCUGCGGCCUCCUGUGCCUUGACCAAUCACGAGCCACGUAUCCGAGACUUUUGUAUCACCGAAGCUGUUUCCAUGUUAUGUAACAUGAAAAAUAAAGAAAUGUGAAACGACA